UAAGUCAUGAUUUUUAACUCAUUGGUCCUAUUUCAAAGCUCAGGUGCUUCCCCCUUUAGGAUAUUGCCUCUCAAAUUCCUUAAAGUAGUUUUUCAAACUUGUUGGACCUUAAAAAUCAUCUGUGUUGAUACAGAGCCCUGCCUCUGAAGAUGGUUCCACCCAUUUGGAGGGGGACCCAGGAAUCUGUAUUUUUAACAAGUGUGUAGGGUGAUUCUCACUGUGAGGCAAGUUGGGGAAGCCCUGCCUUAAGGAGUGCCUAGAUUUGCUAGGCCACCUGGAGCUUAAAUUGAGACUAUUUCUAAGGAUUCUUGUUUUCCUUAUUGCUUAUUUAUUUGGAAUUUGCUCUUCUGUUGUUCAAAGGGCAUUGAGGCAGCUAGCCAUAUGAAUCAUCCCUGGACGCUGUUGGCCAGUAGCAGUAGGGUUUUCCCAGACUGACAUAAUCGGGUCAUUGAAGAUCUUGUUUUAAUCUGAUUGGAUCUCUGUGCGGAAAUUCUGCUGGCAGUUUCCUCGCAGGAUCUGGAGUUUUUGGAAGAUUCCAGUUUCUUCCUUGCUGGUUGCACCAUGACAGAGAGGCCUCUGUGAUGGCAACAGUCGCUGAGGUUCUGUGAGUGUCAAAGUUGUGUUUACUUAGUAGGUGCUUGCCCACUUCAUUUCUGUCUGCUUCUGCUUUCACUUACUGGGCAAACACCAAACAGGUUUGUUGUGGUUUACCUGGGGCUGACACAUGGGGCCCCUGGGGCCUAGGAUGGGCCUGAAAAGAAAGGGAAAAGAGGGCGAGUCUCAAAAUCAUGAACUUCCCACCUAUAACCUGGCCAGGGAAAGAUGGAGAUGCUGAAAGACAAGACCUUGGAGGAGCUGGAGGAAAUGCAGAAUGACCCAGAGGCAAUUGACCGGCUGGCCCUGGAGUCCCCUGAGGUAGCAGGAGGCCACAUGGCAACCCGGGGAAGGCUGGCUGAUGGGACCCACAAGCCCUUUUUAAGGAUGCCGGUCCAGGACCUGCAGCUGGAACGGGAGAUGGCGCUGGCCACAAACCGGAGCCUGGCGGAGCAGAACCUCGAGUUCCAGACUCCUCUGGAGAUCAGCCGCUCCAACCUCUCGGACAAGUACCAAGAGCUCCGGAAGUUGGUGGAGCGUUGCCAGGAGCAGAAGGCAAAGCUGGAGAAGUUCUCCUCAGCUAUGCAGCCAGGGACCUUGUUAGACCUCCUGCAGGUUGAAGGCCUGAAGAUUGAAGAAGAGUCUGAGGCCAUGGCUGAGAAGUUCCUGGAGGGCGAGGUGCCCUUGGAAACGUUCCUGGAGAACUUUUCCUCCAUGCGGGUGCUGUCCCAUCUGCGCCGGGUUCGCGUGGAGAAACUCCAGGACUUGGUGAGGAAGAUGCCUGCUGCUUGCCAGGAGCCGGCCGGUGAUGCCCGUCCACCCCGCCCGCCACCCCCCCUGCGCCCGGCCCUCCAGGCGACGCCCCCUGCGGCCGAAGAGCCGCCACCGCCACCAGCAGCCACACCUCCCUACCUGCUACCCUACAGCCCAUCCCCUGGCCUGCCUGUGGGCCCCGCUGCCCAAGGGGUGCUCCAGCCGGCUCCUUUCCCCGUGGUGCCCCAGCCCCCCUUUCCCUAUAGUGUGCCUUUGGGCCCCACUUACCCGCCUGCUCAGCCUGGAGCCAGGGCUGCUGGGGGCUAUCCCUGGUCCCCACAGAGGAGCACACCACCCCGACCAGGCUACCCUGUGGCCCUGACGGGCGGCUCCCCCUCCGGCCCUGGGUACCCCUCAGCUGGGAGCCAGGCUCCCAGUCCUGGUUAUCCUCAGCAGCCCCCCUACCUCUCAAUAGGAGGGAGACCCCCCUACCCGACCCAGCCCCAGCUGCCGAGCUUCCCAGGACAGCCCCAGCCCACAGGCCACCCGCAGCCCCCCUAUCCCACAGGGCCCACCCCUCCCUAUGGCUUUCCACCACCUCAGGGGCCUGCCUGGCCAGGGCAUUAGACCCCAGUCUGGCCCUGGGCCCCUUCCUGCUUACACCUGUACUGCAUCCUCUGGCCCAUCUGUGGUGGAAAAUCAAGGUUCCGGUAGGAGCAGAAUCAGCACACCCCGUGGACAUGUGCUGGUGCCCAAGUUGUAGGCCCUGAAGGCUCCGGACUGUUUGGCUGGGUGGGCUGUGGCAGACUGUCAGCCCUUGGCCUCCAGCCGCAGGGCCUCCUGGGGAGCCCCUCCCCUCAGAGACUGGCCCCUCUGGUGCCAGCCGCCUGGGAGGGCAGGACCUCUUCUUGGGGUCUGAGCAAGCUUGUGCGUGUGUUUGUGAAUAUCUCCUUGAGCCUGCGCCCACAGACACGUGAACCAAAUGCAGACUUCUCUCAGCGAUGCCACGGCCCGGGUCUCCGGCCCUCUGUUUAUCCCCAUCCCCUGGGAUUUGGUGAUUUGACGUGGUGCCCCACACUGAAGGCUGCAGCUCUUUGGGUCUAGGGUUGGAUGAGAGGGAGAGCUCAGAGUUAGGGAGAACACUGCAGGAUUUCCAAGUCCCAUAAAGCCAUAACGUAACUCUAAUAGCCUGAAGUCAGAUAAGCUGGUCCUGUGUCCUGGGGCAGUGAGAAGGCUGGGCAGUGUGAGGACUCACCCCAGACUUUGUCCUUAGGCAUUGGGGCUCUUUUAGGAAUGGAGGGCUGGGUUGCUUCCCCAGCCACCCUUCUUGGGGGCCCUCCACUCCUAGUUGACUUUUUCUGAGGCUCAGCCCACCUGUCCACUCUUUAGUGCCUUGAAUCUCAUUAGCAAGCAGCCCCUUCUCUGCACCUCCUUCCUCAGGACCCUGGGUGUACUCCCCUGCCCCCUUAUCCCUUCCUCAGACAGACAUCAAAAGAAGCCCCAAUAGUCACACCCCAGAUGGUGCUUUCCAAAACACCACCGUGUAUAUUUGAGCCCAUUUCUUUGUCUCCCUCUCGUCUUUGGAAUGUAGGUUCCGAAAGGGUGGGGAAUGGGACCCCCCUCACAGGCUGCCUCCAGCACAGGCAGGGGUUCAGGCCUGUUGAUUAAUGAGGUAAUUGCAAUAGACCAAAGGGUUGUGAUGGGGAGCACAUGGUGUUUCAGAUGUGAACUGGGUCUGGAGGGAGACCCUGGAGCUGCUAUCUGUUAGGAAGUUGUAUGUGCCUUGAAACAUUCACUCCUCGUUCACCCAGCAUCUGCCGGGCCUGGGAGUGCCAACGAGGCAACUCGACCCACGGGUGCCAGCCCCUCCCCGGUCUGCGUGCCAUCAGCGGGUGUGCGUGACAAGAGGCCGGGUUCGCGCUGGAGGUCCCUCACCAGCUGCUCUCGCUUCUCAUAAGUUAUUUAUAAAGGGAACUCACUAAUGGGCUCUACCGGUUUGUGUGUGUCUGAGUGGGCUGAAUACUUGCCCGUAUGCUCAAAUGAUUAAUCGCCAUAAUAAACUUUGAUGAGUUCCACGUGGUGUGGUGGCUCUGGUGGCUCUGGAGGUGGGGAUGUGGCUGCUUGCGGGCCAUUGAUUUUUCUCCUGCAGCUUUCUGUAUAAUGCUCUGUUGAAAGUCCUCUUUGAUUCAGGUCCACAAAGUGCCAUCUCGGGAUUUCAUCUGCCAAGCUGAAGCCCCAGGGCCUGGCCCUUUCAUCAUUUCCCUUUCCAUGCCUGCCCUUUGUUUUCCUUCUUGGCCUUUUCUGGAGCCUGCCCUGUCCUGGGCCCAGGGAGCUUUUGUCAUGCGAUACCACAGGAGCCCACUUGGUGGGGCCCUGGUCCUUGGCUUCGCUUGGAAGGUGAUGUGUUCCUGCCACCUGCUGGGCCCACGGAGGAAUGUCCCCUUCCCCAGAUGGGUCCUUAGAUCGUUUCCUAAGCUAGGGUGCCGAGCUGGCCGUGGAACCAACCAGUCUUCAUCGCCCAGCCCGGGUUCCCCUGAGCUCUGCUGCCCCUCUGGUUAUCACAAAGUUGGGUAGGGGAGACCAAGUCUCUAAUGGACCCUCAAGUG